AUUGAUAAAUCGUACCCUCAAUAACUCGUGUAACCCGAAAACGAAAGUAGAACUGUGGGAAUUUCAGAAUCCAAGGAACAAGACGUCACAAGUCGUGUGAAGUCAAAAAACCGUCAUAAAUUACAAGGAUUUUGAUGUAAAUCACAAGAAGAAAAUUUGUGUAAUUAGUGGAAAUGGCAGGAAGAAGUUAUGAACUCCAGAAAUUCAGUGGUAAAGUUCUGAUAGUGAGAAACCAAGUCUAUCACAAAGUUCACAUUGAGGAGAGUAAGCGAGACAAGGAUUGUGGCACAUGUGAUAAAGAUACCAGAGCAGUAGAGGCCCUGGAAUUUGUGGAAAGUAUAGAGAAAGAGGAUGAAAAAGUUGAAAACUUGGUGAAGAAAUUCAAAGAGUUGGGUUUCAAAGACAUAUAUGGUGGCACAGAGAGCUUUGUUCAAAAGGAUAAGACCAAGAAGGAAAUUAUUAAAUUAUUGGAAGAAGUGGCCAAACAGGACUUCAAAGAUUACUAUUGUUUCAUCUGUGUGAUUUUAUCCUUUGGAAAAGACGGGGUGAUCACCUGCAUACCGGAUAGCGAUGAGUCGGCCAAAAAACCAACCCCAAGCAUGCAGCUCCCUGUGUCAGAGCUUCAGGAGUGUCUAAAGGGAGACAAAUGCAAAGGUCUCCUUAUGAAGCCCAAAAUCUUCAUGUUACAGUUAGAGGAUGUUACAACCGACAAACCAGACGGUAGUGGUGAUCACGAAACUGCAAGGGUCAAACCAAUUAAGAUUCCUAGGGAAGCAGACUUCCUCAUCUAUAAUUGUGAAACACAGUAUGCAGUUGAAGCAUGGACUGAUGGUCUGAACAGAUAUGUGAAUGAUAAAGAUCCCAUGGAGAUACAAAAGCUUCUGGUCAGGAUGAACAACAUUAUCCACUCACGCAAUGUUGAAGUGGGCAUGAGUUCGCUUCCAGUACCUUGUGUUACCUCCCUUCUGACCAAAGAGGUAUACCUGGGGAAAAAGUUAGAUCAACCUGUACAUUCCUGAAUCUGCGUACUUAAUGCAGAGCAUUUGAUGAGAACCAAAACUGUUCAGUUGCUAACCUUUUUUUUUAAAAAAUAUUUCUUAGUUACGUUGUUCCAAAAAAAAUUCAACAAUGAAUUUCCCACAGAAAUGACCCUGAUAUACAUGAUGAUGUUAUGUCUGAAGAUUAAUGAAAUGUUUACUGGUCUCUAAAUGUUUAGACUUGUUUUGAUAUACAUGAUGAUGUUAUGUCUGAAGAUUAAUGAAAUGUUUACUGGUCUCUAAAUGUUUAGACUUGUUUUGAUAUACAUGAUGAUGUUAUGUCUGAAGAUUAAUGAAAUGUUUACUGGUCUCUAAAUGUUUAGACUUGUUUUUCUAAAGAGCUACUGUUAACCUGAAGUAUCUAGUGUGUAUCCAUUUGAUUUCCUUCAUGCAUAAUCUGAAAGUUUUGUUAAAAUCCUUUGUCUUUUAAAGUCAUUGGUGCUCCAUUGGUAGUUUCAUUGGCAAAUCAAGAGUAACGAAAGCCAAAAAUGUGUUAAUUAGAUAUAUAAAUCGAAAGUAUUAUUCAUUGUUGUAUAUUUUAUUACAGUGUAUAUAAUUUAAUACAGUACUAAAUUUUUUACAAAUUCAGACAAUUUAUGAAAUAUGAUAUUUUCACAGUGUAGUCUACAUAUACAUGUAUAUCUCAUUUGUAUUGAAUAUUACUAUCACAAUCUAUUAUUGGUUAAUGGUUUCUGUCAAUAACUAGUUAUCAUACUUUUUCUCAUUUUGGCGAAUAAUUCAUGUACUUUUGAGUUUUUAAAAUUCAUAGAGGUUAAUUUUUAUAAUAAUAAUACCAUAUUUAUAUAGCACCCUUUUCAUACACUAUGUACGCUCAAAGGUGCUUUACAAUGCAUAUAUACCUUACAACAGAAUGUUAUACACAUAUUACAUAGAAAAUAAAUAAAACAUUAAAAGCUGUACCUAUCCUCAUUGUACAUAUAAAACAUGAAAACACAAGAUACCAUAAAUAUGCUAGAUAAGAAUAAACAUCAGUUUCAGGGCAUAUUAAAAUAAUAAUAAUAAUGAAAUACACACACGCACACACAGCAUACAAUGUCUCAGGUAUAAUACAUUAAAACAUACAAUUCCUUUUUUUUUUAAUAAAACAUCACAAAAUGGUACUCGAAAGCUAAGACACACAGUCUUUAGUUUUCACAGUUUUUUUGUGGAUUGUCGAUAUUUUACUGUUUAGUUUGAUUGCAAUAUCGUGGAUAUGGUACCUGUUUGUUAAAGCAUUAUAUAAGUUGUUUAUUUCAUUUUGGUUUGAAAUUUGUAGAAAUGUAGUACCUACAAAAAUUCAGUCCCCCCAAUAAUUCCACAGUAAAUCAGGUAUAUUUAAUUAGUUUCACAGCAUGCAAAACAAUUUCAAGUACAUUGUAUUACAAUCAAAUUUAUAUAUUCAAAGAGCUUUUGCCAAAAGAAAUACAUGUAUUUUUAUAUGUAAAACAAAUUUUAUAUGUAUUUUUUUUUUAGCUCACCUGAGCUUAAAGCUAAGUGAGCUUUUCGAAACAUCUUUUGUCUGGUGUCCUUCUGUCCAUAAACUGUUAACAUUUUCAACUUCUCUUACAGAACCACAGGAUAAUUUCAACCAAACUUGCCACAAAGCUUGCUUGGGUAAAGUUGAAGGGAAGUGUCACAUCCUUUUGAAGUGAUAAUUAAGAAUUAGUGAAAAUUUUGUGGCAUCUUUCAAAAAUUUUCUCCUCAAGAACCACUGUGCCAGUUUCAAUCAAACUUAGCACAAAUCAUCCUUUGACAAAGGGGAUUCAUGUUUGUACAAAUGAAGGGCUAUGCCCCUUCCAAGGGGAGAUAAUCAAGAAAAGGCAAAAAUAGGGUGGGGUCAUUUAAAAAUCUCAAAAACCACUGAGCCAGAAAAGUUGAAAUUUACAUGAAAGCUUCCUGAAAUAAUGUGGAUUCAAGUUUGUUCAAAUUAUGAUUUCAGGGGGUAGGGUAGGCUAUUAUAGGAGAUCAAAGUUGUAUGUUGGAUAUAUAGAAAAAAUCUUUUAAAAUCACCUCAAAAAGAACAGGGCCCUGAUUAGUCAUAUUACUAUGCAAACAUCCGGAGGUAGUGUAGAUUCAAGUUUGUUCAAAUUGUGGCCCCUGGAAAUGGCUGAGGCUGCAAUAGGGGAUGAAAUUUUUGCUUAGGAGUGUAUAGGAAAAAAUCAUCUCAAGAACAACAGGGCCAUGAUUAGUCAUAUUAAUAUCCAAGCAUUCCCAGGUAGUGCAGAGUCAAGUUUAUUCAUUUCAUGACCCCCACAGGUAGGUUGGGGCCACAAUAGAGGAUCAAAGUUUUGUAUAAGAAUUCAUAGGGAAACGUCUUUAAAAAUCUUCAUCUUAACAACAGUGGGGCCAUGAUUAGACAUAUAGAUAUGCAAGCAUCUGUAAGUAGUUAAAUUCAAGUUUGUUCAAUUCAGGGGCUUCAGUGGUAGGGUGGGGCAACAAUAGGAGAUGGAAAUAUACAAGAAAUUAAUUAAAACAAAUAACAGGGCCACACUAAAUCAUAUCGAAAUACAAAUAUUCCCAAGUUGGAAUUCAAGUGUUGUUUUUUAUUUAGUUCUGACUGUGUACGAAACUUCAACUUUGCUCAUAACUUUUGAAUGAUGAGUGAGAACUCAUAUUUCUUAUGUGCAUUCCUUGUGAUAAUAUCUUUUUAUGGCACCAACAUAUUUACCCUUUUCACCUUGGAGUUUGACCUGCAUUUGAGAAAACCUAACCUAUUCAAUUUAUCCUUAAAAGGUGGAGCUUUCAUGUUUUGUAUAUAGAUUUCUUAUGGCAAGACCUUUCAUUUAUACUAAGAUCUUUGACGCUGUUACCUUUACUCCAACAUAGCAAGGUCAUAUUGGUAGUGAGGCAUCCCCAUUUUGUGUGAAUUCAAGUUCGAUUAUGUUGUGACCCUUUUGGACUAGGUUGGAGCCACAAUAUGACAUCUAAAUUUCAUGGGAAUAAAGAUUUGGGGAAAAAACUUUUAAAAAUCACAACAACAGGGCCAUGGUGACUCAGGUGAGUGAUAUUACCCCAAAACCUCUUGUUUACAACAAAUGUAAUAUUGCAGUCUGUGGUAGGAGAUACUAAAUUUUGACUUUCAUUCAAGUAAAAAAUUUCCAUUUUGCUUAAUCAGAGGACUAAAAUUUGAUAUUUUCUCAUAAUUUCAUUUUUUGUUUUUAAUUCUCUUUAUUCACAUGAGACCAAUUUUUUGGUCGAUUUCAUUUGAUAUUUAUAUUUCCAAUGUUUUUGCCAUUGAGAUCAUUUAAAAUUAUAAUGAUAGCCAUUUCCUCAUGAGUGUGAACAAUACAUAUUUGAAUCUUGAUAGAUAUAGUAUGUCAAUUUUUGCGACUUGGAAUUCUGACAGAAAUGAGAGUAGAUUGUUAAUACACGAAAUAACAUUUUCAAAUAUGAAACUUAUUUCUAAAAUGUCCUCCAGUCCUUUACUCUAAUUGAUCAUGUUAUUUUGUAUACACAUGUAAAACUGAUAAUUUGUCAUCCUGUUUAUAAAUGUAUGCAUAUAUAAAAUAAUUAUUCCAUUGACCCUAUGAUAUAUUGACAUGGUUGCGCAUAAAGACAUGUGAUUAUCAACUGGUUCAUUAUAUUACAGCUGACAUCAAUGUUGAUGUUCUUCAUUAUUCUAGCUGUGAUGUAAACAAGAUCAACUGAGGCAGUUUGUUGCUUUUCUAUGUGUGAUCUAUAUUUUUUCAUAUUUUCCUAUAUUUCCCUUCAAAUUGCCAAAGGGAUCGGACUUUUCCAACAUUUUUACAAUACCAGUAUGCAGAAAAUCUGUUAAGAUUAUUUUUGCUACAAAUAGCGAUGAUAUUUAAACAACUAUGCAAUCUUUGUAAUAUAAGCAAAAAUGUACUGAAGUGUAUUUAAAUUUACUUUUACCAAUUCAAUGUUUUCUUGAUAAUAAAUCUAUGCUAUGUCAA